GGACGUUUGUCUUCUCCUAUAUAAUGCUCACAACAGCCGACCAAAAGCAUUCCUGAUUCAUCACAAUCAGCUCUAACAAAAUGAUGAAAAUUAUCUUAGUCAUCUCUGCGCUGGUCGCCAUCGCCGCCGCCAAGCCGACACUAUUGAGCGCACCAUUGGUGGCGGCACCUGCAGUGGUAACCGCAACAAGCUCUCAAUACUACCAUCGCAUCAACAACGGAUUAGCUGCAUACGUUGCUGCCCCUGCCGCUUAUGUCGCACCGGCGGUUGCUUCAGCUGCCUAUGUCGCUCCAUCUGCCCCUCUGGUAGCUUCGGCCCCCUAUCUCGCUGCCCCUGCCGGCUAUGUUGCCGUUUAA